AUGUAUGCUCAUGAUGGGGAGGUUUUGGACGUCGAAGAUCCCCCGGAGAACCCUGGUCCCGAACCCGAGCCUAUACCAGAACCCGUAGUGCCUACGAAUCUCAAGCUCAAGGAGGAAUUUAAAGAGCCCGAGCCCGUGCCAGAGCCCUUGGAGUCCGAACACGAGGAAGAGCCGAUUGAGAUCAACUCUGACACGGAGUUCGCCGUCCUCCUCCGUGGCGAGCCAGCCACCUUCGGCCCCGCCGCCGCCUCCGCCGGCGCAGCCGCCGGAAGUCGCCUCGGGCCCGGCGACGACGGUCUCGCCCCCUCCCCCGCCCUCCCCGCCAUUGCCCCCUCCGGCUCGGCCGCCUUCUCCGGCCCCGGUCUCCUCUCCUCCUCUGCCGCCCUCGGCGGCCGCUCCUCCGUCGACUCCGCCCGUUUCUCCGCCGGCGGAGCGAAAUGCGACCGUGACGCCGCCGGCUCCGCAUUCUGCUGCGGCCGCGCCGGCGGCCGAAACUCCGCCGACCGCGUCUCCGCCUCCGCCGGGGAUUCCGACCGCUCCUGCCACUCCUCGGACACAGCCAACGCCGUCCCCGUCAAAAUCUACGUCGCCGCCGGAAACUCCUCCACCAUCGCCUGCGAAUCCGAUCGCGCGGCCACCAUCCGCGCCACUCCCCGUGACUCCUUCUCCUCCUCCUGA